UGUUUUCUCACCUAAGUGCUCAGCUAAAACGCGCACGUCUUUGUUGAGUCGUAAAACCAUGUAACCGACCCAGAGGCUGGUCGGUCGGUGAAAGGCCAGAACAGAAUCCGUAAAAACAGCCGAGCUCGCGGCCCGGAUUUCCCCAUGGAGCCGAACCGACGUCCUCCCGUUACCGAGUCAGUGCCGCUGGAGGAAAAUACUUUGAGGGAUCAGGCCCCUGCAGACGCUGUCCCAGACACAAACACGCAGCCUGAGUCCCCUGGACAGGAAGAGAGCGGGGCCGGCUGCUCACCCAGCAGCGAUCCUCCACUCGGCCUCAUGGACCGGAGCAGCAGCUUCUUCAAGUUGAUCGGCACAUUUGCUCUGGAGCUCGGGGAGCUGAAGAAGGAGAUGGUCCACGCGCCGGCGACUGUGGACAAGACGCCCAUGGAUCUACAAAUGAUGGAGACUGAGGUGAGCGGCAUUUACCUGCACCCGCCCGACUGUGGCGGGGUUGAGAAAGACUCGGGCUACGACUCCCUGCGGCGGAGGAUGAGCGUGCUGGACAGGCUGACCUUAACCCACCCGGUGUGGCUGCUGCUGCCGCUGAGCGAGGAGGAGGCCAGACACGUCCUGCUCAAACAGCCCCCAGGGGUGUUCCUGGUCCACAGGUCUGCCGCUCUUCAGAGAAAGGUUCUGUCUGUGCGCACGAAAGAGGAUCAGGCAGAAACUCCCGUCAGCCACUUCCCCAUCAGAGAGAGCCAGUACACCUUCUCUCUGGAGGGAUCUGGGAUCAGCUUUGCGGAUCUGUUUCGCCUGGUGGCGUUCUACUGCAUCAGCAGAGAUAUCCUGGCUUUCACACUCAAACUCCCAGAGGCCAUUGCGUCUGCCAAGACUCAGAAGGAGCUGGAGGAGGUGGCUCAGCUGGGAGCAGGCUUCUGGGACUGUGCUCUGCGCACUCAGAGGUGCACCUCCCCCCACCUCUGUCGCCGCCUCAGCCGGACCCUCAGCCCCCAGCGGGGCAACAAUCACAAGGGGGUCGAGUGGCUGAAGCCCAGUCCCACCAAGGCCCAGUGUGACAGCGCUCCCCCGACCCUGCGCCCCCCCGCUCCCCCGUCUUCGCUUCAUCUGGAGAGAAAGCACCCCCGCAGCCCGCUGUGCUUCCUCAACCCCGUGUUCCUCCAGACUCAUCACCACCACCACGGCUGCGAGGACCCUUCUUCCACGCCUGCCCCCAAGUCCGACGAAAGCCUGAAGUCGAAGGAGGCGCUGCCCGCGAAGGCGUGCGGCAGCGGCGGUGAGCAGCACACAGACAAGAUUAGACUCAACGGCAAAGCAAGGCCCCCCCCCCCUCGCCCGCCCCGCCCCCGCUCAAUGCCACACCGUCGCGCCGCCCCGCCUCCACCUGGACCCCCCGCAGCUCCCACUGGACCCAGUAAGAUGCCCGAAGCGGCGUCCUCGGCUGCAAAGCGCCAGCAGGUCUCCGGGAAGCGGUCCGGACCUGCUCGGCCACCAGUGAGCCCCAAGCACAGCGGCCUGUUCAACUCUGGGCCCUCAAACAAGCCAGCCUCAAAGCCUAAAGACCCUGAUAUGGAAGCCCAGCGCUGCCACAUAGCGCUGGAUGACGAGACCAUCGCCAAGGCCCUCUCCUGUGCCAAGCUUCCCACAUGCCGGGCUCCACCCUCAGUCACCGCUGAUGAGACCCCAGAGAGCUUCGCUGGGAGUCCGUCUAGUCGGAACGAGAAGGGACGCCAGCGGCUCAGUGACAUGAGCAUGUCCACGUCUUCCUCCGACUCGCUGGAAUACUCGCAGUCCCCUGGAUACUCCCUGGGUCUGGCCUCCAGCCCGCCUCAACACCUCCAUCAAAACGCGGUAGAAGACAGCAGUGAAGAUGACGAGGACGGCGUCGAAGAGGAGGAGGAGGACUACGGGGUCGGCCUGGAGACCGACCUAGAGAUGCGCCUCCGUCCGGCCUACAAAGCGCAGCGGCUAAAGCUCGGCGUCGGCCUGGCCGGCGGCUCCUUCGUCCUCCCCCGGGCCCUGAAGGGACGCUUCCGGAAGAUGAGCGGCAUGCUGCGCUCCCUUGUGACCCCCGAGAAACGGGCGGUGAGACGAAUCUCCGAGCUGUCCAGGGACAAAGGCUCGUACUUCGGCUCCCUGGUCCAGGACUACAACGGCUUUGUCCAGGAGAACCGAGGCUGCCACACGUCCGGGGUGGACUUUCUGCAGACUAUCAGACAGUUUAUGACCCAGAUGAAGGCCUACCUGCGCCAGACGUCAGAGCUGGACCCUCCAAUAGAGUCGCUCAUACCUGAGGAUCAGAUCGAUUACGUGCUGGAGAAGGCCAUGCACAAAUGCGUGCUGAAGCCUCUAAAGAGCGUCAUCGAGGCCACUUUACACGACUUCCAGGUGAGCAGUGGAACCUGGCAGCAGCUGAGGGACAACCUGGCCGUGGCUAAGACCAAACUGCCCCAGGAGCUGGGGGUGGAUGGAGCCGUGCCUCCGGACCCCAUGGCUAUCGAGAAGAUCCGCCACAAGUUUCUGAACAUGAGGAAAACGUAUUCGCCUGAGAAGAAGGUGACACUGCUGCUACGUGUGUGUAAGCUCAUCUACACCAUCAUGCAGGAUAACUCAGGGAGGAUGUAUGGUGCCGAUGACUUCCUGCCCAUGCUGACCUACGUGGUGGCACAGUGUGACAUGCCUCAGCUAGACACGGACAUCCAAUACAUGAUGGAGCUGCUCGACCCGUCCCUGCUUCAAGGAGAGGGGGGCUACUACCUGACCAGCGCCUACGGAGCAAUGGCCCUUAUCAAGAACUUCCAGGAGGAGCAGGCGGCCCGGGUGCUGAGCUCAGAGACCAGGAACACGCUCCACCAGUGGCACCGCCGGCGCACCGCCCAGCGAGCGGUGCCGUCUGUGGACGACUUCCAGAACUAUCUCCGUGUGGCCCUGCAAGACCAGGAAACGGGCUGCACAGCCAAAACCCUGCUGGUCCACCCUUACACCACCACAGAGGAAGUGUGCUCCCUCUGCGCUUACAAGUUCAAGAUCCCCGACCCGGAGAACUACGCGCUGUUUCUGGUCACCAAGGACACGAGUCAGCAGCUCGCCCCAGACACACACCCUCAGCUGAUCAAAGCCGAGAUCCACAGCCGGCCCGACGCGCACACCUUCCACUUCGUCUACAGGAGAAUACCUAACCUUAACCUAUGCAUUCCCACUGUUGUGCAAAAUGGAAACUGUGUGCUCGGAAUGGAAACCCUUAACUAAUGGAGUUGGUGUUUGUAGGCGUUUGUUUUGUAGACACAUACUGGGACACUUUAUUAGGUCCAUCAGUAGAGUCUAACUGGUUCCAAAGCAGCAACUCUACCAUGGAUUCUACUACAAGGUUGUAAUUCUCAGUUCUCUGUUUAUUAUAAAGGUCACAGUGGCUGCUGGAGCCUUAUUACAGUGUAUUAUAUCUUAAGAUCUUCCAUUAACCUGCCAUGUGGUGGCUAAAACAUUAGAACUACCUCCCAAAAUAGUACACUCUAGUAUGACUCCAGGACCCACCGGUAGCUCAAUAAUACGCUUUCUAGCCGUGUCAGUAUCCAUGGACUUUACAGAUGAACCCAAUAAAGUGUGCAUUGGUGUAUUGAUGCAAUUCCAAAGAACAACUUAGACAACUAUAACGCCACAGAAAGACUUGCGAUGGACUCUGGAAGGUUUUAUUAUGUACAACUCUAACAAGGUUCAGACAUGUUAUUGAGCUGAGGUUGAGUCAUUCAGCCAUUGGCCUGUAUCUGCUCUGCCAUUGGUCGACGGUAUACUGCAGCGGUUGUGCUAUGUUUUCAGUAUGUGUAGCGUUACAUGGAGGGAGGAGGUUAUUUAGCUUGUUGGGUAUGUUUAAAAUCCCCACACAGUAAAAUCCUGCAUUUUACUCAACUAAUGUUUGCCUUAACUGCUGUUUUCCUACAGUACAGAGAAACCGAACAUACUGUAACUAAUGAAGGCUUUCAUCCAGGUAUCCGUGAGCUUUCAUCAAAAUGAUCCAGUUAAGAACUUCAUGCUAAGACAUUAAUAUAAUAAGUAGAAUGAAAUAUCGUAAACAUUGAUUGUUUUCUCUAUUGUUCUUAUGUUUAUACCAUAAUUGCUGGUCAAUAGUGGUCAAUAUUGUGUAGAAAUAUUUUUAUAUUCAAUAAGGUUUUUUUUGUUUCUAUUCAGAUUAAAUGUUUCUUUACUGGAUGCAUUACUGGACUUAUACCAGUUAUUCCCCUGUUUUUUUUAUUUUUUAUAAAUAAGCUGACAAUGGGAAUACUGUACAUGAAAUCCUUUCAAAACAUAACAAAUGUUUCAUUUUGAAUUCUGAGUGUCACAGAGGCAGCAAUAAAAAGUGCAGUUUGACUGGGUUUAUUGUUGUCUAUUGGGCAUUCAUGUAUACUAGUGACACAGUUUUGAUCAUUUUUGUAACACCAUCAUAGCAGAUAAAAAAAAAACAAUUUAAUAUGCCAAAAGGGUUUUGUCAACUAUACUUUGUUUGUCUUUAAAGAAAAAACAAUGUAACAACCUAAAACUGACACCGUCUUUGGUGGUUAUAUUAUUUUUUUCCAAAUAUUUUUCAGUUUCUAGAGAGUUUGUGUAUAAAACCAGUUUGUUAACACUUUAUUGACAAAACCCUUAAAGCAGAAGCAGACAGUCUCCUCAUUAAAUGUUUUUUGAAUGAACAUAGUCAUUUGAGGAAGUACCAAAACAAUGUCAAAGUGUAAGGCACAACACAAUUGAUUCGCACUUUUAAAGAAACCCAUUUUCAGAACCACAAAUGUAAAAGGCCAUUCAUGAAGCAUAUUUUUUGCUUUGAUACAUUCAUUUGAAUAAACUCUUGUUGAAAAAUG